AUGCUUCUGAGAGUGGCCGUGGCGGCGGUGCUGGUGCUGGUGUGUGUGUGCAGCGGGGCGGCGAACGGGCUGCUGGUCCCCCGGGACUACGGGGUGAAGCUCUGCGGGAGGGAGUUCAUCAGAGCCGUCAUAUUCACAUGCGGCGGCUCCCGCUGGAAGCGCUCCUUAGACGACCACUUGGAAACCUUCAGCGACACGUUGGCCGACCUGCUGGCUGCGUUCGGGCGGGACGCCGGGGGCCCGGUGCGCGCGCAGGACACUCUGGGGGAUUUUCACCUGUCCAUGACGUCAGAGCAGCAGGGAAAACAAUCGAGCGUCGAGUGGCCGCAAGCCUCCUCCUCAUCGAGGAGAAAGAGGAACUUUUCUCUUGGCGUUGCCGGGAUGUGCUGCAACCUGGGCUGCACCAAGAACGACAUAGGACACCUGUGCUGA